UGAAAAGCUACUAGCUGCUUUUACGUCAGUACGUACCUCGAAGUGAGUAAAAAGGGUGCGAUUCUACACGUGACACUGACGUGGAAUGAGCCAUUUAUGAAACAGAAUGUGAAACCCAAACAUGGAAAAAUUACAGGAAGAAAGAAGUCUUCUUUCACGAACCAGAGGAGCAUCCAUCCAUCGAUCGGAAUCCGGAAACGGAUAAAGUUCCUAAGUCGGAGGAAAGGAAGAGGAAGAGGAGAGCAGGGGUUGGUGAAAAGACAAAAUUAUGCAUCUAAUCAAUGCUCUGGCUUUGGUCCGAAUGGCCUCAAGGGAGAUGACGACAGGGACAGAGAUAGCAUUUGGCACCGUUACGUGGUAUGUCUAUGCCGGGAUCUCUUGCUUCCUAGUCCUCUUCGCCGGAAUCAUGUCGGGCCUCACCCUAGGCCUCAUGUCAUUGGGCAUCGUGGAGCUCGAGAUCCUCCAGCGCAGUGGAACUCCCACCGAGAAGAAACAAGCAGCUGCAAUAUUCCCAGUUGUUCAGAAGCAACAUCAGCUUCUUGUGACCUUGCUUUUAUGUAAUGCUGUUGCAAUGGAGGCCCUUCCUAUAUAUUUGGACAAAAUUUUCAACCAAUAUCUUGCUAUUGUGCUGUCUGUAACUUUUGUAUUAGCAUUUGGAGAGGUUAUUCCUCAAGCAAUUUGCACCAGGUAUGGACUUGCUGUAGGUGCAAAUUUUGUCUGGCUUGUUCGUGUGCUAAUGAUCAUUUGUUACCCGAUUUCCUAUCCUAUUGGAAAGAUCCUAGACUGGGUAUUAGGACAUAACGAGGCUUUGUUCAGACGAGCUCAGUUGAAGGCCCUGGUUUCUAUCCACAGUAAAGAGGCUGGAAAAGGGGGUGAACUCACACAUGAUGAGACAACAAUAAUUAGUGGAGCACUCGAUUUGACUGAGAAGACUGCUGAGGAGGCCAUGACACCUAUUGAGUCAACAUUUUCACUGGAUGUCAAUUCAAAACUAGACUGGGAAGCAAUGGGGAAAAUUCUUGCUCGAGGUCACAGUCGAGUCCCUGUUUACUCUGGCAAUCCAAAGAAUAUUAUUGGGCUUCUGCUGGUCAAGAGCCUUCUUACUGUUAGGGCUGAAACCGAGACCCCAGUUAGUGCUGUUUCUAUCCGGAGAAUUCCUCGAGUCCCAUCAGAUAUGCCCCUCUAUGACAUAUUGAAUGAGUUCCAGAAAGGUAGCAGCCACAUGGCUGCUGUAGUUACGGUGAAGGGAAAAAGUAAAAAGAAAAACUUAGUAGAAAAUGAGCAAUCUGAAGAGACUGCAAACACUAAUGGGGGUAACUCUCAGUUAAGUACUCUUUUGCUCCCAAAGAAGGAUCAGAAAAAGUCAGAUAGUGUGGUGGUUGAUAUUGAAACAAAUGGCCUGCCUCAGCCAUCAGAGGAUCUUGAGGACGGUGAAGUAAUUGGCAUCAUCACCCUGGAAGAUGUGUUUGAAGAGCUUUUGCAGGAAGAAAUUGUGGAUGAGACAGAUGAGUUUGUUGAUGUACACAAAAGGAUACGUGUGGCGGCAGCCGCAGCUGCUUCAUCAAUGGCACGUGCUCCAUCAAUUAGGAGGCUUACAGCCCAAAAGGCAGCUGGAGGCCAAAGUAGACAAGGACAGACUCCCAAAAAGUCCAAUGACGAUAUUUCUGGUUCGAGAAGAGGACAUCUCGAUGAGCCUCUUCUCGGGAACAAGAAGUAAAUAACCCCAUCAACGAGUUUCCCUAACAGGCAGAGUUAUUUAAUUUGUUUGGACUGAAUCCUCUGACAAUGUACCAUCAAGAAUACCACUUAGAGGUGCUGCAAAUUUUGACGGAAUCCAAAUAUAACUGAGUUUCGACUUUGUGAAUAUGUAAUACAAAUUCAUUCCCAGUCUUCUACUUUUUCCCAUAUGGAACUGAUAGUGAGGUAAGAAAGAAUAAUGUCAUGUAAAAUGUGGCUUCUUUUUCUUCAUAUUGAAGAUUUUUCUUUUAAAUAAAAUAACUAGGCUUUCUAGUGCAUA